UGAUCCAUUUCCGAUUCGCUGCAAAAAAGACGGUUGAAUCACUUUGCCGGCCCAGCAAAGAGAGCAGCCGCGGACCUAGCCACCCACAAGAUUAGCAGCUGAACAUCUCAACAACACACCAGCAUAUCGCCAGCAACGUCUCGGGCUGUCGGGAUUCAACGUCCCCAUCCUUGGUUGUUGCAGACACGUCCGCCAUCUUAGCAUCGGGCAAGGCCAUGACCUGAAAACACUGGCCAUCCCCAUUCUCACGUGGAAUGGCUGUGGUCUCCUAGUAGUCGGCACCUUUGUUCCGCUCGCCUCCCGCCGGUGACAAUGACGAGAAAUGAGGGCGGCUCCCGCUUCGGCUCCAUGACGGGCUCCAGCACCGACAGCGCACGAUCCAGCAUCACGGCGAAGCCAUUUCCCUUGACGCCGACCAGCAGCUCGACGACACGACCGCCGUCCCCGCCGCCGCAAGCGGGCAGCAGUAGCAGCAGCCAAAACGACCAAAAUGUAUCUCGGUCCGCCUCACAGGGUUCGCGCAGGCCCGCGCCGACGCGUUUGAUGACGGAUGACGGCACCCAAUUUGCGAGCAGGUCAUCGAGAGAUUUCGAGUCGCCGCAUUCGCAGGCGCGGUCGCACUCAGUGUCACAGGCCACGCUUCAAUCGUAUCAAUCGCAGCAGACGCCGACGCAGCAACAACCACAGCAACAAGUAUCGCCCACGGGGGGCUCGGGGGGAUCGCGCCUGACCCAGUCGCCCACUACACCGUCCAAUGCGUCAAUCCGCGAGCACAGAAUGAGCGAGCUGGGGGGAUAUCGCCGUGAAAUGGCGGCCAUGUUGGAUACCACGGGCGGCGGAAGUCGAACGUCAUCAUCGCACAGUCAGCAGCAGCAACAGCAACAGCAGCAACAGCAACAGCAGGGGGGCGCCUUUAGCAACCUCGGCCAGUACGCGCCGUAUCUGGGGGGCAACAACGGCGGCGGCAUGUCCAUGGGCAGCUUCUUCAAUGACUCUACGGAUAAUCUAUCGGUAAUAUCGCAGCUGUCGCCGGGGGUCCGGCCCAUGACGGCGCGGCCAUCGCAGGCGUCGACGGGCAGCAUGGAGUUUCCGGAUUCGGCAUACUACGACGACGAGCGGCGGCCGUCGAUUGCUUCCAUCACGACGACGGCGAGCAGCCAAGGGUCGCGGACUUCCAAGACCCGGGGCGGGCUACAGAAGCUCCAGCAGUUUUUUGGCGAUCGGGACGAUUGGCCUGGCCGAGAUUCGUCGGAAAUUAGCCUGCCCCAGCCGAGUCACUCGGGCCCCAUGUCCACGGGGAAGGAACACCGAUCGCACUCUUACAGCCUAGGCAGCGGUCGCUCCCACCGGGACCGCAACUACUCCAAUGCCACCGAUCAUCAGUUUGGCUCCGUCUCGACUGCUGGCGGGCGAGAUAGGGAUGCCUCGCCCGUGCCCUCGAGACCGCGAACCCCAGUGCCUGCGCCCGAGGUUGUGCCGUUUCUGUACCAAGAAGCCGACGACAUCGCUCGCUAUGGCGAAGCACCCGUUCGAACAAGUCUCACUGGCCCCGAUCGCGAUCGUUACAUCGACAGCUCCCAGAACCCACCAAAGACAUCGUCUUCCGCCCGGUCAGGUCACUCCAUCGUGCACCUACCGGGUCAUCAUAAACACAACAAGAGUAACGAGGAUCCAAGGACAUUGAGGCCAACGCUUAGCAGGGAGGAUUCGGCAGCCACUUUCGCUAGGGAUCACCGCAACGGUUCCAGCUCUAUGAUGGGCACCCGAUCUCGCGCACAGAGUCCUGCUCCUAGUUGGACAGGGCCGUCGCGGGGACUCAAAGGCACCAGUAUUUCCGAUGGAACAUCAUCUCCAGCUCCGUCGCACAAAAAGGGUCUCUUGGGUCGCUUCCGCCGGCACAACAAAGACAAGGAAGAUGGCUCCAGCCUUAGGAGUGGCUCGAGCCACACUCUUGUACACCGCCCGUCGAGACAGGACCUUUCCCGCGCCGCCGAAUCCACCUACCCAGCAUCUGUCAACGGUUCGGACCCUAGCGAGCAACGAGAGGUCCCUGUUCCUGUCCGCCCUGGCUUUGUGCGCCAGACGACGGCGCCGGGAUUCACCACGAAACUCUUCACCUCCAAGAAAACGAGCUCCGUCAAACAGCCCCAAGACGAUAUGGACGAGGAGAUUGGGCCCACUGACACGCACAUGGGAGGUGGAACUGUCUAUCAUCUCGAUACGAACCUCAAUGAUAUGGAGGGCAUUUUGACCAAGCCUCAGCCCAUGACACCCCUGGACAACAGCUUUUCCACGCGGCGCGAAUCAGAAAAGAUGAUCGUCCCGAUCACGACAGAGCCGGAGGGCGCAUGGGCUGCCCCGGACAGUUGGGCAGUGCGCGACAACAAAAAGUCUCUCGCCCCUCAGGCCGUCGAAAAUGAAGACUUGAGCUCACGUCAACCUACCGAGGAAAAGGAGAAGAAAAGCAAUUAUUACAUUCGUGUCUUCAGGUCAGAUAGCACCUGGACUACGCUCACCCUGCCCUUGACUGCGACAGCUGAGGAUGUUAUCAUGGGAGUGGCGAGAAAGACUUAUCUCCCUCCGGGUGCUCAGGACAGCUACUCUCUCCUUAUCAAGAAGCACGAUUUGUUCAGGGUCUUGAAUAGCGCCGAACAACCCUUGAGAAUACAAAAACGACUAUUCCAGCAGAUAGGUUACCAAGAAAAGGAUGGCAUUGACGAAAUCGGUCGCGAAGACAACAGUUACAUCUGUCGAUGGGUUUUCCUCAAGGAGAAGGAGGCCGACAUGCAUCUGCUCUCACAGGACAUCAACUUCAGGAACCAGAAGCUCAAUCAUGUUGACCUGUCUGGGCGCAACCUAAUAACCAUACCGGUACCGUUAUAUCGCAAGGCAGCAGAGAUCGUAUCCCUCAAUCUGUCCAGAAACCUAUCUUUAGAUGUCCCUAGAGACUUCAUACAAGCUUGCACUUCUCUUCGGGACAUCAAGUACAACAACAAUGAAGCGCAGGCCUUACCCAAGAGCUUCGCCACGGCCAGCAAGCUUACCUAUCUAGAUGUGUCAAACAAUCGCCUCCAGGAUCUGGAUCAUAGCGAACUGAGCAAGCUAACAGGCCUGCUCAAGCUGAACCUCGCCAACAACUGUCUGCGCAGUAUACCCCCUACGCUUGGAGCCUAUAAAUCGCUGCGGACACUUAAUAUAUCUUCCAACUUCCUCGACGUCUUCCCAUCGUUCAUCUGUGAGCUGGAAACCAUCGUCGACCUCGACCUGAGCUUCAAUUCAAUCAACAACCUUCCAGGUAACUUGGAGAAGUUGAGAAACCUUGAGAAGUUCGUUAUCACCAACAACCGACUGUCCGGGCCCAUAUCCGAGAGCGUGAGGGACCUAGUCAGCCUUCGGGAGUUGGACAUCAGAUACAACCAGAUCAGUACCAUCGACGUCCUUUCUGACCUACCUCGGUUGGAGAUCUUAUCGGCCGAUCACAACCAGAUCUCCAAAUUUAGUGGGUCAUUUGAGAGACUUCGAAGCUUAAAACUCAACUCGAAUCCGAUCGUCAAGUUUGAAGUCAAAGCACCUGUUCCCACCCUCAAGAUCCUCAACCUGUCCAAUGCCCAGUUAGCGAGCAUUGACGAAUCAAUCGACAACCUAAUGAACCUUGAGAGGUUGAUACUCGAUUCUAAUUACUUCGUCUCCUUGCCAAACCAAAUCGGUAACCUUAAGAGACUUGACCACCUCAGCAUGGCGAACAACCACCUAGGAGAGCUUCCUCCCGAAAUCGGCUGCCUAACGGAGCUCCGCACGUUAGACGUCCACGGAAAUAACAUACGCAAACUUCCGAACGAGAUUUGGUGGGCGAACAAGCUCGAACAUCUUAAUGCAUCCUCCAACAUCUUGACAGAGUUCCCCAAGCCCGCCUCGCGCGCGCCACAAGCGCCAGGAGAAGCUAGCCCAUCUCCGGGUGCGUAUCCCUUCCCGAAUGGCAACAAGAACGGGCUCCUUUCGCGGACACCCAGUACGGACGACCUUAAUGGGGAUGCGUCGCGGCGCCCUAGUCAGGCUUCUAGUACACUCCUCGGCGUUGCCGUUUCACCCGUGCCAUCAGGACCCGACAAUAGGAAGAGCUCCAUGGUAUCGCUGUAUGGCAAGGGAGGGCGCAAGACCUCCGUAGUGUCACGAACUACGACGCAGAGCAGCACUGGAGUAAUAACCCCGAUCAACGGUCCUAGGAAAGACUCCAGUCUGUCUUACCGAUUUACCCACACGUUUUCGGGAUCUUUGAAGAACCUCUAUCUUGCGGACAACCAGCUAGAUGACGACGUCUUUGAGGAGCUCAAGCACCUCCCUGAACUUCGGGUUCUGAACCUUUCCAUCAACGAUUUGAGCGACAUGCCCCAAGGGACAAUCAGGUCUUGGCCUCAGCUCGUGGAGUUGUAUCUUUCUGGCAAUGAACUUACUAGUUUGCCUGCAGAGGACUUCCUUGAGGAGCACUGUCUCUUGCAGACUUUGCAUAUCAACGGCAACAAGUUUAUCAACCUACCGGCUGAAAUAUCGAGGGCGAGGAAGCUUCAGGUUCUGGAUUGUAGUAGCAAUAACCUGAAGUACAACGUUACCAACGUGCCCUACGAUUGGAACUGGAAUUUCAACCGCGAUCUGCGGUACCUGAACCUUUCUGGCAACAAGCGAUUGGAGAUCAAGAACAAUUACCGUCAACCACAGAGCUAUAGAGACGAUGAUUUUGCCGAUACAGACUUCUCGAAGCUGAUGAAUCUUCGUGUGCUUGGGUUGAUGGAAGUAACCCAUACCUUACCCAACAUCCCUGACCAAACCGAAGACCGCCGUGUCAGAACCUCCGAAAUGAAGGCCGGUGCUUAUCUACCGUACGGUAUGGCCGACACGCUGGGCAAAAAUGAGCAUUUGUCUCUUUUCGACCUCGUCGUGCCUCGCUUGGGUUCUGUGGAAACCGAUACGCUCGUGGCCUUGUUCGAUGGCAAGGAGCUCAGCACUGGUGGUUCGAAGAUUGCCAAAUUUCUGUAUGAAGAGUUUAGCAGACUUUUCAUACUGGAGCUUGAGAAGGUCAAGGGGAAGCCGAACGAGACUCCGGUGGAUGCCUUGAGACGCACUUUCUUGUCGGUCAACAAGCUUUUGAUGAGCCUCUCUAACAGCGCAGACGAAAGGGGGCUUGACUCGCACCCUGGCAGGAAUUACGCUCAUACGGUUCUGACCAAAGAAGACCUUAAUUCGGGCUGUGUGGCCACCGUUGCUUAUUUGAGCGAGCUGAAACUGUACGUUGCCAACGUUGGCGAUGUGCAGGGAAUGCUCAUCCAGGCCAACGGUUCCUUCAAGAUGCUGACCAAAAAGCAUGACCCGGCGGAUCCAGUUGAGCGCAGUCGCAUUCGAAAUGCCGGAGGCUGGGUUUCGCGCAAUGGACGACUAAACGAUGCUCUCAACGUGUCUCGUGCUUUCGGUUAUACCGAGCUGUUACCAGCGGUGCAGGCAGCGCCUGACAUCACCGAGCACACCAUUGACGACAAAGAUGAGACGGUGCUCAUUGCCAGCAAAGAGUUAUGGGAGUAUCUUCGGCCAGAGCUCAUCGUGGACGUGGCGCGUGAGUGUCGCAGCGAUUUGAUGCAGGCGUCUCAGAAGCUUCGCGACCUCGCGAUAGCCUAUGGGUCAACCAACAAGCUCUUGAUCAUGAUGAUUGGCGUCGCAAACCUAAAGCAACGACAAGCGCAGCGAUUCAAGGGACAGUUUAAUUCUGCUUUCUCGAUGCCGCAAGAUGAUCCUAGUCAUGCGCCGCCGAGCGGGAACAAGAGAAGGAAGGUGAGGGCCGAAGGACCCCUGGACUCUAAUCUCAUACGCCUUGAUGCGGAAGUCAAGCCUCCAACAGGCCAGCUCUCCAUCGUGUUCACCGACAUCAAGAACUCGACGCAGCUAUGGGAAAACCAUCCCGAAGCCAUGAGGUUGGCGAUCAAGCUACACAACGAUGUGAUGCGUCGACAGCUCAGGAUGAUUGGUGGCUUCGAAGUCAAGACGGAAGGAGACGCAUUUAUGGUUUCUUUCCCCACGGCUACGUCUGCCUUGUUGUGGUGCUUUGCCGUGCAAAUGAAACUGCUAACAGUGGAUUGGCCUCCUGAAGUACUAAGUAACAGCAGCUGUCAGCCCACCUAUGACCGAAACAACAAUCUCAUCACCAGAGGUCUCUCAGUUCGGAUGGGUGCUCAUUGGGGCGAGCCCCUAGCUGAGCCAGAUCCGGUCACAAGACGAAUGGAUUACUAUGGGCCCAUGGUGAACAAGGCUAGUCGUAUCUCCGCUGUCGCUGACGGAGGGCAGAUUACUGUGUCGUCGGAUUUCAUUACGGAGAUUCAUCGAUGCCUUGAAACCUACAAGGAGCCGGUUGAUGUUGAUGAGGACUACUUUGAGGAUGAUCCUACUGCAAGGGCCAUCCGGGCUGAGCUCCGGGCGUUGAGCAGUCAAGGGUUCGAAGUCAAGGACAUGGGCGAGAAGAAGCUCAAGGGUCUUGAGAAUCCUGAGCUCGUAUACUCAGUAUAUCCUCAUGCUCUUGUGGGCAGAACGGAACAACACCUUGCCCAUGCGGAGAGUACCCAGGACCCGGCCGCAGUGCAGCCCCCUGGCGCCCUUGCAGCGCCCAAGCCGGCGACUAUGCAUCCCGACAGCGAGAUACAGUUCGAGCCGGAGACGAUCUGGGGGUUGUGGCGUGUUGCACUGCGCCUUGAAAUGUUGUGCAGCACGCUCGAGGAGCCUAAUGCCCGCGGACUUCAGGCACCAGAGACCGAGCUAUUGGAGCGCAUGAAGCAAAGGGCGGGAGAGGUUACGGACCACUUUCUUCUUAACUUUAUGGAGCACCAAAUCAGCCGGAUCGAGACAUGCAUCACUUCGCUCGCUGUUCGCCACAUAGCAAUCGGCAGCGGACCAAUCACCAAGCUGAACGAUCUUCGGGCGCCGAUGAACGAUGUUCUCAGCACUCUCAAGGGACAAAUGGACGAGCUCGCGCGGUACAAGGCGAUGUACGGGUCUUUGGACCAAGCUGACACCGAUGGUGCCACUGACAACACCUCUAACGGUGACGUUGACACGCUGGAUGGAAGUGAUACAGAGCAAGAAUAAUCAAUCGCGCAUCAUCCGCUCGCUGCCUGGAUAAGAAGAAAGCAAUAAAUAAACACGCUCCUCGACUACCUAUUACAACCUACCUACAUAGCAUAAUCACAACACGGCACGGCCCUGGUCACAGCCAACUGUUUUUCUCAUCCAAAUUUGGCAAUCCUACUACUACCAUCACGCAUCGCUACUUGGAUAUAUCGUCAGGUGGCAUCGCUUCUAACUCUCCCUGGGACGGUAGACACACCAGAGGCAGGCAACGUGCACUUUGUUUUCAAGUUCUCUGUUAUCAUCAGUAUUCUUUUUCUUUCAUACUGUACUCAUGAAGGCUUGGAUUAGGACGGGCUAGGUUGGGAUAGGAUAGUAUUUGUUACGUUCCCAACGGCUCAGUUCGACCUAUUCUUUUUGUUGUUCGUCUCUCUAUUACUAGCGUAAAUACCCAAUUAUCCUCUUCAUCC